UCGUCAUACAAACGUGAAAAUAAACAGCAGGAGCGGAAGGGAAAGAGGAACUAUCUUGCGUGCGACCAGUGAAGAAGCUGUGGAUGCUGAUGGCAAUUCUUUUUCAAGCUUCCUGGAUGUAUUUUUGCUUCAAAAGUGACAAUCGUUAUUUGUACAAGCGUUUGACCUGUGGAAACGGAUAAUCACAGGAAAAUGUAUCUGACAUGGCAAAGUGGACCAUACCGAGGACCUCUCUCAUCAACACAAUGUCAAGCCCAACUUGCCCCUCACGCAGUAAAGCCACAACAGAAUGUGUUUUCUUCUGAUGGCGGCGGUCCAUCUAACCGGCACACUGACGGCUCUCGUCAAACAGCUUGUGGGUCGCGUUUUGCCUACCAGAAGCCAACUGUCAAUCCGCAGAACCCACCUACUAAUGUGCAAGGAAGACAGCCAUCCCAUCUAAAUGGACAUCAAAUUGCUGUCAAUCAUUCUCAUUCAUCAGUUCAGUAUGGGACCAACCAAAUGUCAACAGUGCAUUAUCAAGAUGGGACGAGACACCUUUUCUGGCAUUACAAUCCAAAAUCAACCGGACAGGAGAGUAACAACAUUGCACCUGCUCUUCAAAAUACCAUGAAUAAUGAGAGGUUAAAUCAAGUCUUUAACCAAGUCUUCACCCAAUCUCAAUUGGUCACUUUUACGACAACCCCACCUCAAGUCAGACACAACGUUUCAAGGACUGCACAUAACAUUCCAGUUGCUUCAGUCAACAGAACCCAGAAUGCACCAUAUCUUUCUGCCCAGAAUAGAAAUGUUGUUUCCAGCAGUCCCAAACAAUCUAAUGUAAGUGCCCUACCUACCCGUCCGAGUUUGCAAGUUUCCGGUUUGAAUCAGCCGACAGAGCAAGUUUCAUCCACUGUCGUGGCUGGUAGUAAAACAAUGUUCCUCCCAACAGCAGGGACGAUGCAUCGUGUAAUUGUGACAGCUAUCCAAAGAGCCACUUGUCAACAAACUACAACACAACAAAACGAAGGGCAGGUUACAAAAGACUUACCGGCAUGGUGUUUAAAAAAAAAUCCACUACUAGUGCAGUUGCUACAGGACGCAGGAUCAGAGAGUGAUAGCGCACAGACACCACCAACUAAUAGACUGUAUGACAAAUCCAUUCCUUCUAAAGUCAUCGCUGUGGUGCAGCCAUUGUCUGCAAUCAACUGUUCCGUAACACACAAUGUUAAUUUACCCACAGUAGACACACAGAAGAAGACUACUAAAGAGGAUGGUAGGGGUCCCACGGAAAGUAAAACUCAGCCACAGUUCAACAAAUGUCAGAGGAGGCAGACAUCAGCUCCCAGGCACACUGAUGACACACUAAGUAAAGGGCAGAGUAUGCAUCCUACAGCUACCAAACAUGCAGAUAACAUGCUACGUAAAGACCACUCUGUUGGAGCAUGUGUUUCACAGCCGGUAACACUUGAAAUUCCAGAAAAAGACUCAGGGGCAAACAACAAGGAGAUGUCACUUGAUCCGAAACCUUGUACCGUUGAACUGUCCUCUCUCCCAACAAUUAAGUGGACUUGGAAAAAAAUAGUUUCUAUGAGUGGAGGAACUGAGACCGUAUGUGCACCUAAGGAUGAUUUACGAAAAGAUAUAUUAAUCCGGUUUUGGGGUGGAAACAUCAACCAUUUUUCUUGUUCUGUGAGGGCUUUCCCUUCCUUGAUGCAUUCUGUUGUUCUAUUUUGUGCCAAAUAUGUAAGAGAAGACACUGUUGUGGUGAGACAGGUGGCCCCCUCGUCUGUUGAUCAACUGAAAAACUAUUGUGAUAUGGAAGAUGGCGAGGUUUACACAGAACAGCCCUACACGUCAUCAUGGUUGAAUCUAAACGAACAGCUGGAUGAUAUUGACAAAGAGUUUGGCCCCAAUGUUUACAGAUAUGUACCUUUCAACCAGCCGGAUCCAGUUAAAAGAGCCGCCAGCAUUUCAUCACAAAAUGUGAGUAACGUUCCCAGACCUGACAGUGACAUAGAAGACAAAGAAUGUAAUGACCCUCUCCACUUUGAAAUCCAGGUUAUGUCACCCGAAAAAGCAAAAGCUAUCUAUGAGCAAGGCUAUGUUGGGAUUUCACAAAACACUGAAAUUAUGAGUGAACCAGAAGUAGUUGCAAAUGAUAUUGCUGUGGUAGAUGAGCCACUUGAAGAUCAUGUUACCAGCAGAUCAAAAAUCGCUGAUCCCUUGAAACAUUUUUGCUGUGUUGCAAAGUGGAAGGAAAUCAUUUUGGGUUCCAAAACACCUUUGAAUGAUAAGUGCCAGUGUAAGGAAGAACUGUGCGAUUUCACUAAGAAACGAAAAGCAACUAACUGUCCACAGUUUACAAUAGAACCCGACCUGCAAGAGACACCGGAAGGAGACAUGGCAUCUAAAAGUCAGGAGCAAAUGUCCUUCAGCCUUCCGACAAUAAGUUGGCUGGAAAUAUGCAAUGACAUCAGCGAGACCUUUGAAUUAAAUGACGACGAGGAAACAAAUGACCAACACGGGCCACCGCCAAAAGGAAGCCAGGCCACAAUCAUAAGUGACCACAAAGAAUGUGUCUCUAAUUGUGACCUACUCAACCGCAUUGAUGAGAAUGAAGAGGAUUUUAACAAAACUCAGCCCGAACCUGCAGAAAGUUGCCCUUCAACUGAAAGCCACACCAGUGACAUUGAGGACAGUGAAGAGGAUUCUUACAAAGCCCAGCUCAAACCUGCAGAAAGUUGCCUGUCAAGGGAAAGCCACACCAGUGACGGUGAUUCCUCGACGGAAAAUCCAAUUCUGGCCCCUAUGUCACCCAACAAUGAGCAUGUUAAACAAGCUUCAACAGCAUCUUCACGUAUGACAAAGUCACCUUUGGAAACUGAACAACAGAUACAAUGCUGUGUAAAGUCUGGAAGUCAGAAAGAUAACAGUAUAGCUGGGACACAUGAAACCGAUGAAAGAAAACGGAAGAGGCUUAGCAACCCCAACAGUAUUUUUCCAUACCUGAAGAAGCUGAUGUGCAAAAACGAGGAAUCACAUGGAGUCGAUGUUUCAAAAAAUAACAUUAAUGAGUCUGAUGACGAACCUUUGGUGUCAAUUAAGAAAACUGUCAAACUGGUGCUCUUUGGAUCUGCACAACAAGAAAAGCGUGCAUCAAAUAAUCAUGACAGCGGACUACUAAAACCACCGAAAGUUAUUUUUGCAACGGUUGAUUGCAAGAAAAAACUCUAUAGCGGUGGCCCAAAGUCAUUUGGUUCCGCUUCAAGAAAUACCUUAUCUCAAAGUCAAAUCAAGCUGGGAAGCGGUAUGAAACUAAGUACAAAUAAAGAAAAGACAAAAUGCACGGAUGACAAGGAUCUUGCUGCCCGACAAAGUCAAUCUGUGAAACACGAUAAAAGAAAGAAUGAAAGCGGACAUCAGGCUGAUGUGACCAUCCGGGAGAAUGUCUUGAAGUUCAACGUUUUGCCCACUACCUUCAGCUUUGAGGAUGAAUCAUCAGGCACAAAAGCGACCACAGAGGAUUCUUCAGAUAAACCUUUGUCUGAAUAUACAACGGAUAACCCCCAUAAAAAGAGCAGAUUGAGUGCGUGGAGUCCUUUUCCCGUAAAGGUGCAUGCUGCAGAGUCCAAUAGCUCUGUCUUUGCAGAGUAUCAGAAGAAAUACCUGGCGAGGACCAAGUCCUCUAUCUGUUCUUGAGUAGUAGAUUGAAGUCCUUUCAAACAAUUCUGUUCAGGUUUUGUGUCAUCAUGAGUCUCAUUCACCACACGACACUGUGUAAGACUGAUUGGUCAUAAGCAUUUUGCACACUUGACCUUGAGGCAUGCUUCCCAAUUUAAACUCGUGAAUGUGUAUACAGGAUUUUUUUCAUGUCUAUUUUGCCAUGUUAAUACUUGUGUACUGAUGUUGACAGUAUUUUACUCAAAAUGUGAUGCAGUUGGUAGCGCAAAGCUUUGUUUUACUUGAAGUUUGUGGAAAUGAGCACUGCAUUGAUACUUUUGAAACAAAAGGUAUUAGUUCUGUAUUUUUUAACUUGUUUGAUUCAUUGAAUGUUUUUCCCCCCAAAACAUUAUGUAAAAGUUCAGUAUAUAUUUUUUUUAUAUUCCCUAAAUCCUUAUAAAUGAGCCAUCAUUUUCAAGUGUUCCGCAAUGACAGUGCAAGUUGAAUGUUAUUGAAUAAACCUUCCAAUGACAAUUGUUUUUCCAGAA